ACUUGCAUAGACAGUCCUCACGUAAGGCGCAUCAUUACUGCGUGUCGUCAGAAAAGGAAGGACCCCUGAAAUCUGUAGAGACAGAACGCGGGCUAAUGUAAACUUCAAAAAACAGUAUUUAUAACAAAAGUUUCAAUGCAAAUAAAACUCCAACUGGGAAAGCUCGAAACAUAUGCGGAAUUUACGUUUUGUCGCUGCUGUGUCGCCACAGAAGAGUGAAGUUCUUCUUCUGAGCUGGUAAAAACUAGCUGGCUAAUUUGGAGAGCUAGCUAGCUAACGUCAACAGCUAAAGCUGCUAACGUUACAGCUGCGCAGUUUCGUUUCACUGAAAAACACCGAAAACACCCACAUUGACACUAACAAGACAAGUCCGUUUAAUUUAGCUCUGUGCUAUUGUGUGCAAUAAUAUAUCUUGCUGAGUGGCAUGGGUUGCCUAUACCAAACUUUGAUAGCUGACUGCUGCUAACUACAACACAACCACAGAGCCAGGAUGAAGAGAAGAGCUGAAUCAGUGCCCGCAUCAGGGCUGGAGACAAAGAAGCCUCGUGAUGACAGCAGCUCAGAUGAAGAGUCACAAUUAUCCAGACAGGACUCGAGCCAAAAUGAUUCCCUCAGUGACCAGGAGGAUCACCGACCGGGAUUCUCCAUGCCCUCCAUAUCAUCCUUUGAUGACCAAGACACUGACCCCUCAAAUGUCUCUGGCAACUUCUCUAUGUACAACAGUGUGUCCCAAAAACUCAUGGCCAAGAUGGGUUUCCGUGAGGGUGAGGGUCUUGGGAAGUUUGGCCAGGGACGCAAAGAGAUUGUGGAGGCCUCUACUCAGCGAGGCAGAAGGGGUCUGGGUCUCACCCUGCAGGGCUUUCAGGGGGAGCUCAAUGUUGACUGGCGAGAUGAACCAGAGCCCAGUGCCACAGAGAAGGUCGACUGGUUCCCAGAAUGCACCACAGAGAACCCAGAUGCAGAUGAACUAAGGGACUGGAUGAAACUGGGAGUGAGAAAACUAAAGAUUGAGGAUGAGACAGAGUUUUGCACUGAAGAUCUCCUGCACACUCUUUUAAGGUGUAAGUCAGUAUUUGAUAACCUGGAGGGCGAGGAGAUGAGGAGAGCACGAACCCGCUCCAACCCUUAUGAAAUGAUUAGAGGAGGUAUCUUCCUCAACAGAGCAGCUAUGAAAAUGUCCAACAUUGACUAUUGCUUCGACCAAAUGUUCACCAACCCAAAGGAUUCACAAGGGAAACCUCUGACAAAGGACCGCGAAGGCGAGCUUCUGUACUUCGGUGACGUCUGUGCUGGGCCCGGAGGCUUUUCAGAGUAUAUUCUGUGGAGGAGGCGUUGGCAUGCAAAGGGCUUUGGCAUGACGCUAAAAGGACCCUGUGACUUCAAACUGGAAGAUUUCUAUUCAGCGCCGAGUGAGCUGUUUGAGCCUUACUAUGGUGAGGGAGGGGUGGACGGGGACGGAGACAUCACUCGGCCAGAAAACAUUACUGCCUUCCGAAACUUUGUCCUGGAGAGUACAGAGAGAAGAGGGCUACACUUCCUCAUGGCAGAUGGGGGUUUUUCUGUGGAAGGCCAGGAAAACAUCCAGGAGAUCCUGAGCAAACAGCUGCUGCUCUGUCAGUUCCUCACUGCCAUCUCUACACUCAGGACAGGUGGUCACUUUGUCUGUAAGACUUUUGACCUCUUCACUCCCUUCAGUGUGGGUUUGGUCUACUUGCUCUAUCACUGCUUCGACAGGAUCUGUCUCUUCAAACCUGUCACCAGCAGGCCUGCCAACUCUGAGAGGUACAUAGUGUGUCGUGGUCUCAAGCCCGGUUCAGAUGCCGUCAGGGAAUACAUGUUCAGAAUCAACCUGAAACUGAACCAGCUGAGGAACACAGACACCGAUGUUAAUGAAGUGGUUCCCCUGAGCAUCAUCAAGGAAGACACAGACUUCUACCAGUUUAUGGUCAACUCCAAUGAGAGCCUCUGCGUAGUCCAGAUCAAGGCCUUGGCUAAGAUCCACGCCUAUGUCGUAGACCAGACCCUAUCAGAGCCGAGGCAAGCAGACAUUAGGAAGGAGUGUCUGAAACUGUGGGGGGUUCCAGACAAGGCCAGAGUCACUCCUGCUCCCUCAGACCCAAAAUCCAAAUUCUACGAACUGAUUAAGAACUCGGAUGUGGAGCCGUUUCAGUGUAAGAUCACUCCUCUUAACUCAACUACACUUGAGAAGAUGCGUCAUAUUCUGGACCAUAGGUGCAUUGUGGGAGGUGGAGAGCAGAUCUUCCUUCUAGCGAUGGGGAAGUCUCAGAUUUAUACAUGGGAUGGGAAGAUGCCUGUGCGCUGGAGGAAACUGGAGAAUUUCAAGCUAGAGCUGCCAAGAGAUACACUUCUAAGUGUGGAGAUCGUCCAAGAGCUGAAGGGCGAGGGUAAAGCUCAGCGCAGAAUCAACGCUGUUCACGUAAUGGAUGCACUAAUACUAAACGGCACUGAUGUAAGAGAUCAACACUUCAACCAACGGAUCCAGAUGGCUGAGAAGUUUGUGAAGGCAGUGGCCAAACCCAGUCGCCCAGACAUGAACCCCAUCAGAGUGAAAGAGGUUUACAGGCUGGAGGAAAUGGAGAAAAUCUUUGUCAGACUGGAGAUGAAGGUGACGAAGAGUUCAGGAGGAGUCCCACGUCUGUCCUACACCGGCAGAGAUGACCGACACUUCCUUCCCACCGGCCUUUACAUCAUUAAGACUGUCAAUGAACCAUGGACAAUGGCAUACAGCAAAAACUCUAAGAUGAAGUUCUUCUAUAAUAAGACUACCAAGGACUCCACAUAUGCAAUGCCAGCCAACGCUGCUGCCCCCUUCCAUGUUUGCCACUCUGAGCGGCUGUUCUGGGCCUGGGUGGACGGGGUGAUCGUUCAUGAUUCGCAGACACGGAUGGACCCUGGGAAACUGUCCAAAGAUGAAGUUUUGUCCUUCGUCCGCCAGUAUUACCAGCCCUGAAACGCUCCCGUAGCCCCAGAGCAUCACCAGCUACAACCUAGACAAAGAAUGCACUAACUUGUGGAGGAUAUAGAGCCUUAGAAAAGGUUAUCCUACAAUGCCUUAAUUAAUAUUUAUUUUGACAGUAAAAGAGGGAUUCAAAAAAUACUACUUAUUAAAUCAACCAAUACAUAUAUCAAGCUUUUAUAAAUCCCUGUUUUUGUUGUCCAGUUAAAUAUCAAUUAAUAAACUGUUUGUCAAGACCCUCUUGUUCCUCUAUAUUAUGUGGCUUAGAGAAAUUAUUACCAGGUUGUAACUGGGGUUCUGGAGCUCAUGUGAGGAUUUUUUGCUGCUUUUUCCAACGGUGACAUUUGGACUUUAUGUAAGCAACAGACAUUUGACAAACCACUUUGUCUUUCUGCCUUUUUCACUGUCCUUAGCUCUGCAAAUUGUAAUGAAUAUGACUCGCCUCAUUGGACAAA